AUGUCGAGUAGACAGCUACGCAAGCUCCAGCAGCAAAAAGAGCUGGAGAGAGCUCAACUAAAUACCCAAGAGGACCCCGAGGCGGGCGAAGAUGUCGAAGAGCCUGCCAAAGCGGCGCCCAGGCCACGCCCGAACCUGUUCGCAGCCUUGGGAGGCGAGGAUAACGGCGAAGAGGAGGAGAAGGAGGAGGACAACGGCGUGCCGUUAAUCGAACCGCCAGAAUUGCCUACAGCCGAACCAGCUCCCAGCGGCCCGAAAAAGAGCAGGAAGAAAAAGAAGAAGAGUAAAAAGGCCAAGACUGCCGCUACGACCCAGGCAGCUCAUGAAAACGCCAAGGAGGACGAGGACGAGGACGAGAUUGACAAGGCCAUCAAGGAGCUCAAACUUGGCGCUUCGAAGAUGAAUUCUGGUUUCGGGAAAGAUAAGCAAGACAGCGAAGCGGUAGGGCCACGGAAGCGAAUGAAUGAGCUGCUAUCCAUCAACCCGUACCACCUGAAAGCCAUCAACGAAAUGCGCAACCUAUUCGGCCGCGAGGUCAUCGAGUCCGCCAACGCAGAGGAGCAGCAAGAGCAGCAGAACCGCAGAAGGCGGCAGCAUGUGUCCCGACAAGUUGAUCUGGAGACGUAUCUGCGAGAACCGCCUGGCGCCAAGAAGCUGCCUGAAGUAUCGCUACGACGGAAUAUAUUUGUGCAGGGCAAGGAUCACUGGCCACGCCAGUCGGCGGGCGGUUUGACCAUGAAGGAGAUUGGCAAGUCGGACGAUGGAUUGUCGACUGAAUACGCGUAUCUUCACGAUGACAAUUAUGAUUCCGUGCAACGGGUUUUCUGGGCCUUGGUGCAAGUCGGAGAUCCAAUGCGCAUGGUGCAUUUGCUCAAGGAAGCUCCAUAUCAUGUUUCAACACUACUCCAAGUCAGCAGUGUAGCAAAGCAGGACCAAAACAUGGCAUUGGCGGCGGAACUUUGCGAACGAGCGCUAUUCACCUUUGGGAGAGUAACCACAUCUGCAUUUCGCCAAGACAUCGAGCACGGCCGUGCUCGUUUCGACUUUGGACGCCCGGAGAAUCGCCAGUUCUGGCUUGCCGGGUUUCACUACCUGCGCAGCUUGAUACGAAAAGGCACUUUUCGGACGGCUCUUGAAUGGGCCAAGCUGCUGUAUUCUUUGGAUCCACAGGAUCCAUACGCAAUGAGACACUAUAUUCACUUGCUGGCUCUGCGAGCCCACGAGUCAAGGUGGUUGAUUGACUUCACCGAGCAAAUGGAGCUUGUUGCAGAUCACCCAGACAUUGUCUAUCUGCGACAAAGCCUCGUGCUCGCCAAGCUCCAGAUCAAUGACGGACGCGGGACUCGGGAAAUUCUCCAACAUGGGAUUAAGACGGUGCCCUGGCUGUAUUGCGCCUUGUUCCAGGAGCUAAAUCUCGAUGCACCGCCUUCCAUAUGGGGCAUCAGCGCAGACUCGGAUUCCCGAAAGUUCUGGGUGAAAUUGUACAUUCACCAGACCAGGGAUCUGUGGAACAAUGCCCAGGCCACGGCGUUGUUGCAACAAGUAGCCAAGGGUCUGGACAAGGUGGACGUGGCGUCUCUUCCUUUGCAGGACCCGGUCGUCGAUCGCGGCGUGACGAGAUUAGCCUACCUCGAGGGUCAAACGGCACUGCUUGCCGUGGCGCCGCGGGAUCUGUUGGAUGCACAGCCAAAUUACGAAUUUGAUCCCUUGCCGCCACCGCUGGAGCAGAAUGUUUUCACGGCGCAAAGUGCACGACUACCUUGGGGACAGGCUGGGGGCAGUCACGAGGAGGAGGAUGAGCACGGGGGCCACGGCCGUGUUGCAGAUCUAGUGGCUCGCAUGCAAAAUCAGCUGGCUCAGCGAGGCGUGGCGCCAGGGGGAGGAAUGAUGGGCAUGAUGAACAAUGCCGUGGAAGAGGACGAUGACGAUGACGAUGACGAUGAAAUCAGGGCGCUGAGAGAGGCAGAUGAUGAAGAGUUGAUGAGGGACAUGGAGGCCUACGUGAGUUGGGGUAGAGAGCAGGGCAUUCUGGGCCCAUUAAUGCAGAUGCUGGGCCACCUGGGUGUUGGUCGACGGGCUAAUGACGAUGAAGAGGAUGAAGAGGAUGCGCGAUAG